CUUCCAGACCAGAAUCCAAACGGAAAACGGAUAACUUGAAGGAAAGCAUCUUGAGAGAGUAGAAAAGAAAAGAUUAGUGACUUCUCACCUAUGGUGGACCAUACGAGCUCUGGACUUACUCCAUCUCCAGGGUCAGGGCAAAUUCAGGAUCCCAUGGAUAUUAGCGCUCAAGUUUCAACAGUCUGUGAAAAAGGGGAACAUUGUAAAAUUGAUGCUGAAAAGUCAGAGGAGUCUGGAAAAUAUGUGAAGACGACCAGCAAGGAGUUCAAAAAGACUUGGGGAUUCCGCAGGACCACCAUUGUCCAAAGGCAGGUGUAUGCAGAUAUAGACACACAGAACAACAGGAAUGUGCAUCGCAGUGCCCGGCAGGCUAAGUCCAGGGGCAAGCUGGAGGGGUACCUUUCAACUGCAAAACGUGGACAAGGGGGGAGGAGGAGCACCCCUGCCUUCCUGGAGAGCUCCAAACCCCCUUCCCAGAUGCCAACAGACGCCGGCACUGCCUCAGAAGCCAGCUUUGACGGGUACAUAGAGGCCAAGACCACAGAGGUAUCUGCAGGUACUAGGUCACCCACAGAGACAAAGACUUGCAGGAUGGAAAUGACACGGAGUGGCAACGUCAGUGACGAUGAAGACAGUGAUGAGAUAACCCUGAAGGAACUGCAGGAGCAGCUGAAAAAGAAGAAGAACCUUAUGGAACAAAACAGAGAGGUCUGCUCUGUUGACAAGAAACAUGAAGACAGGAGCCUUUGCAAACCCGCAGCGGUUGAGCUCGGUGACAGGCAGCCAUCUGGAAGUCCAGUCACGGGAAUAACUAAGAAUUCAAUGCGCACCCGUAGUCCCAGAACCAGAGUGGGUAGAUAUCCCUUUACAGACAGUAAUGAGGAGGAAGGUACGGGUGAAGAAGAGUCUCGUGUUAAAUCCGACAGUGAUGGCUACGACCCCAAUGCUCUUUAUUGUGUUUGUCGGCAGAAGCACAACAAUAGGUUCAUGAUCUGCUGUGACCACUGUGAUGAGUGGUUCCACGGGGAUUGUGUGGGCGUCAGUGAGGCACGUGGCCGACUUCUGGAGAAGAACAGGGAGGAGUACAUCUGUCCCAAAUGCACCAUGCAGAAGAGCUGCCCAGCAAUCUCCAGUAGCUCUGAGGAUGACAAACAGACCACUGCAGUAACUGAGGAAACCUCAUUGCCAAGUCAGACAGUGCCCCCAUCUGGUGUUGAGGAGACAUCCAGUGAAGGGCAGAUGAUCAAGGGGAGAAUUGAGAGAACCACUAAUCCCUGUGGGAAAAAUAAAUUGAAAAUAUUCCAGCCGGUAUUGGAGGCUAGUUCGCUGUCCAAAUGUAUUGGGCCUGGCUGUGAUAAAAUUGCCUUACCAGACUCGGUUUACUGUGGUAACGACUGCAUCCUCAAACAUGCUUCAGCCACAAUGAAGUUACUCACCAACAUGAAGGAGCCAGUAUCCAGAGAGAAACCUAGUAUCCUAGCUUGGAAGAGACCUGUAGCAGAACCCACUGCCAAGCAUCAGAAGAGGUAUCUCCGAGAGAGGACGACAGGGAAGGAGUUGGCGGGGCCGUGCAGAAGGGUGGAGGAGGAAGAGUCUGACAGUGAGGGUGAAGUGGAGAUGGAGCAGGAGCCAGAUGCGCAGGCUUGGUCCAGCGACCAUAAUUACAAUGCAGUAAAGCCAGAAAACUCUACAGCUAUUCCAUCAUCUGUGUUUUAUAAGUCGUCUGGGAAGGAGAGAGAAGAAAGGGUUGGCAAAAAAGAACCUGGACCUUCACAGAAGCCAUCUCGGGUUGUGUCUGCCUUACUCAAGGAAAGUGAGAAGCGAUCAAUCCCUGGAGGCAUUCCCGCUAAGAAAAAGAAGCAAACGCCACCACCUUCAAUCUACGGCAGAGAUUCUAAGAAAUCCAGUUUUCACCGUAGGAAGUGUACCUCUUCUAAAUAUUCAAGCCCAGCAACUGCCCCCCAGCGUUCCAGCCAGUCAACCUCCAGGCAUUAUGUUUCCGGGGCUCUGCGAGUGAGCAAGACCACUUAUACUAUCCCCAAGAGGCUGCCUCAGCAGGAUUCUCCCCCAGCACCCUCCAUCUCUGUCUCUUCCUCUUCAAGUAGAGAGCCAGUGUCUUUGGCUCCCACACCUACCUCCAGGGCCUCCCAACUACAGCCCAAAAGCCAAAUCAGACAUAAUAUUCGCCGGUCACUUACUGAGAUCAUGUUCAAAAGGGUGAGUGACAGUGAUGGCCUACAUAUAUCUGCAAGUGAAGUUGGAAAACUUGCCAUCAGCAUUGAGAGGGAGAUGUACAACCUGUUCUUUGACACAGACAGCAAGUACAAGAACAAAUACAGAUCUAUCAUGUUCAGUUUGAAAGACCCUAAAAACAAGGAACUUUUCUAUAGGGUUAUCAUGGGUGAAGUCACCCCCUGCAAGCUUGUCAGAUUGAGCCCAGAGGAGCUCCUGUCUACGGAUAUGUCAAAAUGGAGACACAGGGAGGCCACUGAGGUUCUAGAACCCAGUCCCAAUGCCCAGCCAGAGCAUCAAAAACUGGACCUGAUGCAGGAAGCCCCUCCUAAUUUGGAUGAAGAGGAAUCUCCUCCCUUGAGUGGAGAUGAACAAGAAGAGCUCAGUCCCACAGCUACCCCGGUUAAGCACAGCCAGCCUAGUGUAGUGAAUUCUGUCCCUGAAAUCUUUAGCAGAAUGCUGAAGGACACGACUGCAGAGCAUAGGACUCACCUCUUCCACCUCAACUGCAAGAUCUGCACAGGCCAGAUGUCAGCAGAUGAGGAGCCCAUACCAAAGAAACUCAAACUCUCUGUGUCCUCGGCCACCAAAAGAACUGAAUUGAAAGAUAAGGAAGUGCCUUGCACUUCCAAGAGUGGAGAAUCUUUGGGCGAUGGAGUUUCUUGUCCUCCACUGGACAGCGAAAUAUCCAUUAUUGAAUCCCCAGCCUCCCCAGAUGACAGCAGCAGCACUGUGUCAUUGUCCCAGUCCUUUACUCCAGUCACCAUCCCUGAAGAGCCCACUGUCAGCAUCACAGGCCGGGAUCCACGCACAGCUAGCUACCGCCCUGCCAUUGCUGUCACCUCAGCUGUCUGCAGUGUAUCCACUAGCACUAAGUCUAUGCCUGACAUCAAGCCAGUUCUCCCUUUACCUCCACCUUCAUCCCCUGCUAUUCCUAAAUCUAUCCUGCGGAACCGUGCCUCUUCCCCACACAUACGAUUCUUUGGUACUUCCGGAUCCUCCUGCAGCAUGACGGACUCUCUGUCUUACUCCCCUCUGGAUGGGGAAUCAACUGUGUUCCUUUCAAAGCAAGAGAUAUUGUGGAAGGGCUUUAUCAACAUGCCAACAGUGGCCAAGUUUGUCACCAAGGCUUAUCUGGUUUCCGGGUCCUUUGAGUACUUGAAAGAGGAUUUGCCAGACACUAUACAAAUUGGUGGAAGGAUCUCCCCCAACACAGCGUGGGACUAUGUUGGUAAACUUAAGACAUCACUCUCAAAGGAGCUGUGCCUGAUCCGUUUCCACCCAGCAACAGAGGAAGAGGAAGUGGCGUACAUUUCCCUUUUCUCUUAUUUUAACAGCAGGGGCCGCUUUGGUGUGGUGGCCAACAACAGUCAUCACAUCAAAGACCUCUAUAUCAUCCCACUUGGUGCCAAAGAUUCCAUCCCCUCCAAACUCUUACCCUUUGAAGGGCCAGGGUUGGAGCAAACACGUCGUAAUCUUCUUCUGGGACUGGUUAUUUCCCAGAAACAGAAGUGCCCUAAAACCUGCCAAGAGGGUGAAAAAAAGCAUUCCAAGAUUCAUAUUCAAGAGACUGUUGACGAUAAUGUUCCAAGUCCACUUGUUCUUUCCGGCAACUACUUAAAACAGGACAAAGAUCAGCUCAACAAUCCAGAGAGGCCUAUUAGCAUAACCUCUCCUGGUUCCCCACCCUCCAUUGAGUCCUACUCAAGCUCCCUCCCAAAACCAUCAGUUCUGUCUCUGUUACCCUCUGUCAAAGCCUCUACCCCUGUCACCACUAACUCAGGCAGGGAUUCUCCAUCCUGCAUAUCUACCAUUGCUCCUCCUCCUACUCCACUCGAGACCAUCCUGAAAACACUGUUUGGUAAGAGGAAACCUGACCCUGAUGCCUCUUUUUCCCUCUCGGACAAAAGCUUGCCUGAGAGGGCGGUGCUGCCUACCCCACUGCUUGAUCCAAUAGUCCAACAGUUUGGUCAGAUUUCCAAUGUAGAAGUGAUAGAGGAAGAGGAAGAUGACAGGCCAUAUGACCCUGAGGAGGAAUAUUGCCCACGUGUCAGCUAUGAGAUGGAGACACCUUUACACAUGGCAAAAGCAUCUGAAGAUGGGAAAUCAGCCAAGAAUGAUUUUUAUGAUGAUGUAGCCUAUGACCCAGAGGAUGAAACUAUCUUUGAAGAAGUGAAAGGUGGCAUUAAUAGCAUCCCAGGCCUGACAAAGGCAAAAACUUUACCCGAAUUAGAGAAUUCUCUUGUAAGUGACUCCUCAAACUUAGCUGAACAACAGAAGAUGCUGGAGGAACUGGACAAGCAGAUCGAGGAGCAGGAACGGCAGUUGGCGGAGCAAGAGGAGGCGCUUCGUCAACAGAGAGCAGCUGUAGGGGUGUCUUUGGCCCACUUCUCUGUGUCUGAUGCGUUAAUGUCCCCACCCUCAAAAUCUUUACUAGCAAAUAGUCAGUUGCUACUACCAGGCAAAAUGGAAGAAGAACUGGUGGAGGAAACUCCACCCACUCAAGUAUUUAAUCAGAAAAGGGACCCAAGGCAGAGCAGGGAUCCCCGACAGGCAGCUGCUAAGAAGCUAACAUAUGACUCACUGGAAAAAGAGGAGAUUGUUUCAGGGGGUUCUGUGGAGGAUACAUCAUUACACCUAAAGAACUCGCAGUCAGACACAUCACAACCACCAGUGGUAUCACAGAAAGAGCCAGACCGUUUUCUGCAUACCAUAAGCUCAGACGUAUCCAUUCCUCUGCCUGGGGAAAAAACAGACCCUGAAAUGGAGGGUGAUACCCUACAGAGGAGUGCUCCUGCACAUACAGUUAAAAACAACAAAAAAACCAUAGAGGCUGAAAUUGAAAGUAACCCUUACACCAGUUGGCCUAAUUCUGCAAACAUGUUGAAAGGUAAAGAGAUAUCAAGUCUUGAGUCAAGCUAUUCUGAACAGUCUCGUGAACAUUCUCUGUCUAAUCCAGUCCAGACACCAUAUUACAGCAUACCAAGAAAUGAUACACCUCCACUGUCGUUUGAGGACCCUGGAAUCUGCUACGAUACAACAUUUACCAAUACAUCUAUGGCCAGUAGUCAGGCACCUGUCAAGCCACCCAUUGUGAGCUCUGAGCGUAUACUGUCUCGGUUUCCUUUACAGGCUCCAAUUGAGUCUCCCCCAUUGCAGCGAUCUCCACUCUUGCAGCAUGAACCUGACCAGAUUCAGUACAGAGAUCCAUCCCAGUUUAAGCCCCUAGGUCCCUGCCCACCUCUCCAUAACCAGUCAAGAGGUGGCCAUCAGCAAUUUGAUGACCCCCAAGAACAUCCACACCCAGCAAUGAUGGUACCAAGAGGUCCACAUCCAUGUCAACCUGUGGGUCAAAUGGGUCCUCUUAAUUGUGAUAUGCCCAUGAGUUCACUGCCACUCCAGAAUACUGGACAGAGAGGGCCACCUCCAGGACAGUUUGUAGAUCGUGAUAGUCCACCUCUUGAUGGACAAAAUGAUUCACAUCAGCAAAGCGUCAAGGCAUACCCUGCUUCAUAUAAUUAUUUUGGACCUAGAACUUCCCCUCCACAUUUUAUUGGACCUCACUCCAGACAGUGUAGUAAUAGAGACGCUUCACCCACUCAGUUUCAUGGUUCAAGAGAGAACCUCCCACCCUACACAUCCAGGGAUCCCAAUGAACAAGAAUAUAACAUAGGUUCUUAUCAACAGCACAUGGAGCAAAACCAAGGGCAGACUGUACCACACAUGUAUAGAGAAGAUCCGAUCCCUGUACAUGCACACUACAGGGGUCGAGUCCACCAUUUUGAAGGGCAGAGAGGUCAGGGCAGUGAAAUCGGAGAACAAUGCUUCACCCCACCAGGCCACUUUGGAGGUCCAAGAGCAUCUUUUUACCAUUAUAACAGUCAGAGAUUUCCUUUACCUCACCACAGAGGUUUUCUUGGAAAUCAGAGAUGCCCUUAUUCAUCCAAGUUCCAAGGACAGAGAGGGCCUCCACCCUUGCAGUUUGGAGGGCCUGGAGAUUAUCAGCCAAGCCAGUUCCUGGGAAAUGUAGAACAGCCACAAUUCCAUUUUGAUGGUAUGCGUCAUAAGUCAGUUGGAAGACCACUGCGCCGUUCUGGUCCUUUACUUCCCACUCCCCCUGAGGGUCCCAUUCAAGUGCCGAAUUGUAUAGGACACAGCCCUGACCCACGCCGGGAAGACUACUGGCAGCACUGUCAAAGUAUGAGGAGAAGAGGCGGCACCAGAGAUGAUUCUGAACCACACAACGAUGGAACCAGGGCGAGCAUGUUUGAGGGAUGCCACCAUGACAGGGUUAACAGUAAAAGUUCUUUCCAUUUGACUGAGGAGAGGCAGAGGGCAUUGUCUGAGGACAAGAGGAUAGAGUGGGAUGACAGACACAUCAGGAUGUCUGACAGGAAUCUGAGCACACUGUGGAGUAGGGAGCGAGAGCAUGACAGAGGCUUAGGAAGGGAGAGAGUCCAUAGCAGGGGAAGAGAAGCGGAAAGGCAUAGUCAUGGAGAUGGUGGUGAGAGGGACAGGAACCAUGAAAGAGACAGAGGUCGAAACAGAGACUGGGACAGGAGAGACUUUGACAGAGACAGAGUGAGGAACAGCGACCAGGAACAUAACAGGAGCAGGAGGCGUGAUCGGUCAAGGAGCAGAGAUCAUGAGCGAAGGGAAGAGAAUAAGAGCAAAGAAAAGGGAUAAGAAUUCAAAUCUGAAACUACCAACCAGAGUGAGAAACCAGGCAUCUGAAGCAGACAUCUGAAAUAAACCCACAUGAUUCUGAUUCUUUAAUGAAAAUGUCCAGGGGUUAAAAACACAAAAUAUGUGGUAGACUAGUUUGUAUAACUAAUUUAUCAUAUAUCUACGAUCACAA